UUUCUUUUAUCUGAUAUUUAUUCUUAAUGUUUGGGUUAGAUUAGUGGCCCCAGUGAUGUAAUGUUUUCAUAGAUCUACUAACCAUGCAAUUUUUUUUCUAAAAGGGAAUAAGCUAUGGGAAUAAGUUUUAGUAAUAGAUAAGUUUUGAAGCAUUAAAUAGAAAGGGUUCUUACAAUACAAAACAGUACAAAUCUUGAAAGUAUUAGUAUUAUUUGUCAUUAUGAGAGUCGUUUUAAUAUUAUAUUUUUUGGAGACUCUAAUUGUGUGGACAAAUACUCAACAGUGCAUGGAUGAAAAUAAUAAACCUGUCGAUUGGUAUGUUGUUUACAAGCUUCCUGAAAUUAAGCAUCACCAUAAACUCCUUAAAUCUGGAGUUGCCUAUACUUUCAUGACUUCUGACAAUUACGAUUCUUGGACGUUUUCAAACAAAUCUAUCAACUCCACAACUUCAAUACUAGCUAACACUAUAAAUGAUUUAUAUAGUGCUCAAGGAAUCUCAUAUGUUUUAUAUAACGAUCAACCGCCACCAGAUAAGAAAUCAAAAUCAAACAAAGGGCAUAAUAAGGGGGUGGUUAUGGUAAACUAUACUGGAGGAUUUUGGUUGGUGCAUUCGGUCCCUCAUUUUCCGAUGCUAGGAAAAACCUAUAUAUUUCCAAGAACAGGUGCAGUUUUCGGGCAAAGUUUUUUGUGUCUUUCUCUGAGUCUGGAAAAUUUAAAUAAAGUUGGUACUCAACUUCAAUACAAUCAACCAGAAAUAUACAGUCAAAAUAUAAAUUCCAAUUUAAAAGCAUCACUGCCGGAUUUAGUAAAAGCAGCCAUGAAUGUUACCAUUAACACAGCUCCUUGGUAUAGUGUAAUGGAAAUAUUGACUCAAAAAGGCGUUCAGUUCACUUCUUUUGCAAAAUCAAAGGCAUUUAAUAAAGACUUGUAUGAAGAUCUUGUUGCUCCUUCUCUUGAAACGGAUUUGUAUGUAGAAACUUGGCCAAAUGGAGGUGGCAGAUUACAGUCGAAUUGCACAAAAAAAUAUAAGGUAACCAAUGUUAAAUCUGUAUAUUUAAGUGCAGCCAAUGUUACUUUUAACACAACACAUGAUCAUUCGAAAUGGGCAGUGACCCCACCAUCUCAGGCAAAAAAUUGGUUCUGCAUCGGAGAUAUAAACCGGGCAGUAAGUAAUGUUUGUACAUGGAUGCUUAUAAUCGAGUUUGUAAUAUUUUGUAGUAAGAAGGAGCACCAGAAAGUUAGAGGAGGUGGAACAGUGUGCCUUAAUAAUAAACAGUUAUCCACUGAUUACAAAAAAAGUGUGGAAUCUAUUGAGGAAUGUAAUAAAACAAUGAAAGGGUUAUUUUAAACAGCCCCUUAUGAUUUUGACUUAAAUAUAGUACAUUAAAUAAAAUAUAUUUCUGCAUUCAAUUACAGAAAAUAGGUUUCAAUAUUUUUUAUAACAUU